GGCUGUCGCGCGCCAGACGUGAGCGAGGCGCCAGGCGGGCGCUCGGAGCGCGGAGUCGUGUGGAGCGAGGCCGGGAGGGAGGGAGGCCGCCGGGAGCGGCGCGCCUGGCGAGACCGGGAGCCGGGCUGGAUCUCCUUCAGCACUCGGACUCGCGCUCGGGAGCCGGCGUCCGCCUGGAAUUACGUUUCCUCUGGGGAGGUGGCUGGCCUCGCAGCGUGCGGCCCCUGCACCCCCGGUCGUCCAAAAAAGGCUUUGUGCCCCUUUUGCUCUUGAUUUGACAACUCUGGCAUUGUGGAAACACCGACUCCAGUUCAUCCAUAACCGGGAUUCCUAAUAAGAGAGGAAACGAAGGCUGUUCUCCUGCCAUCAUGUUUUUGGCCCAGAGGAGACUCUGCUUCCUUGACAGUAGAGCAAAAUUCCUGAAGACUAUUUAUUCUUCAAAAAUCCUUGGACUCCCUACUUCUGCUAAGAUGUCUUUGAAAAUCAUCAAUGCAAAACGAAUUGAAGGCCUUGAUAGUAAUGUGUGGACUGAAUUUACAAAGUUGGCUGCAGACCCCUCUGUUGUGAAUCUUGGUCAAGGCCUUCCAGAUAUAUCCCCUCCUAUAUAUGUAAAGGAGAAAUUAUCGGAAAUUGCAGCAAUUGAUAGCCUGAACCAGUAUACACGAGGCUUUGGUCAUCCAUCGCUUGUGAAAGCUCUAGCCUGCUUAUAUGAAAAAUUUUAUCAAAAUCAAAUCAAUCCAAAUAAAGAAAUCCUUGUGACAGUAGGAGCGUAUGGCUCUCUUUUUAAUGCCAUUGAAGGAUUAAUUGAUGAGGGAGAUGAAGUCAUAAUAAUAAUGCCUUUCUAUGACUGUUAUGAGCCUAUGGUGAGAAUGGCUGGAGCAACACCUGUUUUUAUUCCCCUACGAUCUAAACCUGUCGAUGGGAAAAAAUGGUCCAGUUCUGACUGGACAUUGGAUCCUCAAGAACUGGCAAGUAAAUUUAAUUCUAAAACCAAAGCUAUUAUACUGAAUACUCCACAUAACCCCAUUGGCAAGGUAUAUAACAAAGAGGAACUCCAAAUAAUUGCUGACCUUUGCAUCAAAUAUGACACACUCUGCAUCAGUGAUGAGGUUUAUGAAUGGCUUGUAUAUACUGGAAAUAAGCAUUUAAAAAUAGCUACUUUUCCAGGUAUGUGGGAGAGAACAAUAACAAUAGGAAGUGCUGGAAAGACUUUCAGUGUAACUGGCUGGAAGCUUGGCUGGUCCAUUGGUCCUAAUCAUUUGAUAAAACAUUUACAGACAGUUCAACAAAACACCAUUUAUACUUGUGCGACUCCUUUACAGGAAGCCUUGGCUCAAGCUUUUUGGAUUGACAUCAAGCGCAUGGAUGACCCAGAGUGUUACUUUAAUUCUUUGCCAAAGGAGUUAGAAGUAAAAAGAGAUCGGAUGAUACAUUUACUUGAAAGUCUUGGCCUAAAACCCAUAGUUCCUGAUGGGGGAUACUUCAUAAUUGCUGAUGUGUCUUUGCUAGAUGCAGACCUCUCUGAUAUGAAGGACAGCAAUGAACCUUAUGACUAUAAAUUUGUGAAAUGGAUGACUAAAAAUAAGAAACUGUCAGCCAUUCCAGUUUCAGCAUUCUGUAAUGCAGAGACCAAAUUACAGUUUGAGAAGUUUGUGCGAUUUUGCUUCAUAAAAAAAGAUAGUACACUGGAUGCUGCUGAAGAAAUCAUUAAGGCAUGGACUAGACAGAAGUCUUGAUACAAGCAGACUGUUUCUAUUAGAUGACCUAAUAUAGAAUUAUUAUUUAGUGCUGCCAUCUGCUGGAUUAUGAAAACAAAUAUUUUGGUACCAAUGAAAUUUGAAGAAAUAUUUCCAUUGUUUUCCAAAAUGUUAAUCCCACCGGGUUUUUUUUGUUUUGUUGUUUUUCAGUUGAAAUAUAUGAAAACACCUACCACUACCAUUUUACAUCAGGCAGUGUAGCAUUGUGGGUAAGAAUUGUGAGACCCUGGUUUAUACUUAACCUCUCAGUGCUUCAGUUCCCUCAUCGGGAAUAAAAUGUAGCACCUACUUUGUGACACCUGGCUGGCUCAGUGAGUAGAGCAUGCAACUCUUGAUCUUGGAGUCAUGAAUUCGAGCUCCACGUUGGGCAUGGAACCUACUUUUAAAAAAUAGCACCUACUUUAGAUAAAGUUUAUAAGGAUAAAAUGGAUUGAUAAAGCCUUAAUAAACGCUCAGCUAAGGUUAGCCAGUUCUGUUUCUCCACCAUUGUGUAAAACUCUUAGCCAGUUACACCCCUUUAACUCCAAGUCCUUGCUUUGUCUACCCACAUGUAAUUCCCUCCCCUUCGUUUACCAGUGGCUUUGAACUUUGCUCACAGUUUUGCUUCUCUGUCCCAAAUACCGCCAUCACCCAGAGUGGCUUCAAAGUCCACAUGGAUUACCUAGGCUUUCAGUACUUUGACCUCACCUUUGGCAAUGUUCACCUCCACUCCACUCUCCACUUCAGCCACCCACCCGCAUGGGUACACCCUGAACCUUUCAUCAUUUAAGGCUGUGCCACCUAUGAGAUAAUAAAUUAGUUAUCUCACACU